AUUUGGCGAAUAGGGGGCGGGGCCAAACGGGACCCGGAGCUGACGUCACGUCUCUUCCCUUUUCGCUCACAUCGAAGGAUAGAUUCCUGUUUUCUGAGUUCAGUCUGAUUUGGAAGUGUAACUGGAGGCCCCGCCCAACUUUGCGUGCCCUGCGCGUUGCGUCACCACGUAUUAGCCGUUCUCGCGCGUGCGCACUUCAAGUUCCGCCUCCGGGGCCGCCAUCUUGGCGCGUCGGCUUCGGUAGGCGGCCAUGCCUUUUUGCUUCCCAGUUCCCCUUCCUCCACGGCCGCGGCUUACGCUUUUCGCCUCAGAAACCAGGCCUCCCUCUGGGUUUUCCUAAGGGGAAAGUUACGUUUACCUGUGUUUUCUAAGGGUAAAGUUACGUUUCCUGAGGUGACGUUUGCCCUCAGGGGCAUUCCCUGAGAUUAAAACGUAUUACAGCUGGACUUUUUGACGUAAAAGUUAUUUUAUCUGCGUUUUCCGAUGCAAAAUUGCUUUUUCUGAGGUAUAAUUUGCACUUUCUGGGAGAUGAAACCUGCCUCCUUUGGUGUCUUCUGAUGUGAAAGCUGCCACUCUUCACAUUUUCUGAGGUUAAAAGUGCCCCUAUUUGUCUCCUGUGGGGAAAAUUGCCUCCCUUGGAUUUAUCUGAGAAAAAUCCUUCCUUUUCUGAGGUGAAACCCGCCUCCUUUGGACGUACCAGGUGCCUGUCUUUAGGUUUUCAGAGGUGAGAAGUGCCUGCGUGUGCCUUUUGGAAGGGGACUCCUGACCGCUGGGGGGAGCAUGUCGUCGUCGUCGUCUCCCUCCUCCGUCCCGGAGGUGUCCUGGGAGCUUUCCUUGUGGUACGCGGGGCGACUGGGGCGGUGGGAAGCGGCCUCCCGGCUGCAAGGCCAGCGCCCGGGGACCUUCCUGGUGCGGGACUCCUCCACGUGCCCCGGGGACUACGUCCUGUCGGUCUCAGAGAACGGCCGGGUCUCCCACUACAUCAUCAACUCCCUCCCCAGCAGCGGGGGUGGCAAGGGCCUCUUCCGCAUUGGGGAGCAGCAGUUCCAGAGUCUUCCUGAUCUCUUGGACUUCUACCGGGACCACUACCUUGACACCACUACCCUCCGAGAACCACUCCCCAGGUGUGCUGCUACCCUGCCAGCCCCUGGCCAACCCCCCUCUUUCCCAUUGGAAGGGGCCACAGAGCUGGUGCGGACACUGUAUGACUUCGCCGGGAAUGAUGCAGAGGACCUCCCGUUCAAGAAGGGGGAAGUGCUGUCCAUUGAAGAGAAGCCGGAGGAGCAGUGGUGGCGUGCCCGUAACAAGGAGGGCCGCCGGGGCAUGAUCCCCGUCCCCUACGUCCACAGGCUGGCCAGCAAAGGGGCCGUGGCUGCAGGUGGGCGCUAUAGCCUCCCAGAGCCUGCCCAUGCCUAUGCCCAGCCCCAGGGACAUGCCUCCCCCGCCACCCAGAAGGGCCCCGUCUUCGCAAAAGCUGUCCAGAGGAGGGUUCCCUGCGCCUAUGACAAGUCUGCCCUCGCCCUCGAGGUUGGUGACCUCGUGAGAGUGACCCGGAUGAACAUCAAUGGCCAAUGGGAGGGCGAGAUCCAGGGCCGGAGGGGCCUCUUCCCUUUCACGCACGUCCGAAUCAUCGACCCUCAAAACCCGGAUGAGAAUGAAUGACCUUCCCUUUCACUUCCUGUUUUGUUUUCUUCUCAACGAGAGCUUUGUUUUCGGAAUCAUUUAAUACGUUUUUCCCCACCGUUUUCGUCCAUCAAAGGAUGGGAAACAAAGCAACUUUCCAAAUGGAGGGAACCAAUAACUUUUUCCCCAGUGAAGAACAAUUUUUUAAAAAUGUUUUAUACAUUAUAUUAUAUAUAUAUAUAUAUA